AUGCCCGGUCGCGGUCGCGGUGACGGUGGACAAGCAGGCGAUGGCUUGCAGGUCGCGUUGUUGCCAGACGGUCAGAACAGCUUGUGCGGGAUCUGUGAGCGGCAUUCAAGUGCACUUCCUAUGCUCAAGAAGUACAUGCUGCAGCAUUUACGGGAGAAGCUUGAGCAAGAGAAGCAAGAAAUGUUUUGCAUCCCCGUGCAGCCUGGAGUCUUGCGAAGGUUGCAGAGCUCGCUGUGCCCCCAGGGUUGCAGGCUUGCUGGUGGUAUGCAUGACACUCGGAUCCAGCUGCCGUCCUUUCAAGUUGACUUGGACGAUGUUGUCGCAGAUUUCGAUCAUGUGCAAGCGGCUACACGCUUUGGAGAAGCUGUUCGGCAGGUUAUGUUUUUUCACAUUGUCAGAUGUGCACCCAACAAGCUCAUCCGGCAGACUGUUGAGGAUGAGGUGCCCUUCGAUGCCGCUGACAUAGUGAUAGCCCCACACCGGGUUUUGCAUGCAGAUGCUGCCAAGAACGAGAUUUUCAAGUGGUCUUCCGAUGAUAGACUGUCAUAUGGCAUUUGGGGAUGCGAUGCCGAGAUCACCUCGAAACUGUCCCCUGGUGAUAGAAAUGUGCUGCCAUCGGUGAUUGAAGAUGUGCUCGCCAGGCAUGGCGAGGAUGGGUAUCUGUUGGACCAGCGUGGUCCAGGCACUGAGGGCUGGCAGCAUUGCCUGGCCUCUCUGGCUGAUGCAGGUCUGCUGGACAGGGUCUCCAGCGAUGCUCGGUUUUCCAAGUGGCGGCUGCGUGACUCGGCGACUCAGCGAAUGAAAGCUGGCUUCUGUUUGAAGCGUCCUUUGCAGCCCUUGGCUUUGCAAGAUGAUGUGAAGGCCCCUGAGAGCUCUGUGUGGCAACUGAUUGCUUUGCUGGAUGCCCAGGGAUGGACCCACGUGGUCAAAGACACAGGCAAGGAUGAUCCAUACGUGCCAGGAACAGAUUCCAAGGUAUGGUAUAGCAAGCCUGGUGUUGAUACAGUGUCGUCCUGGUAUUUGCUGGCCUUGCUACAGAGCGACAAAGAGGUGCCGCAUUGGCAGUCAGCUGGCUUUUACCAGGCCAUCGUUGAAGGCCGCCCAGUCGCCGCGCGUGGCCGAGCUGUCAAGCGGGCCUUGAUCGUGAAGAACGUCGAGGAGGGCGAGUGGGACAUUCCUGCGUUGCAAGAUGAUGUGCAGCCAAGAAGACCGGCUAAGCGGCAACGACGGGAUGCAGCAGCACUUGCUGGGCCAGGGUCCAUGGAAGCACUGGGCAAUGAUGCGGCAGACCCGGCAGACGAAGAUGAUAUUGUAGAUGAGGCUCUUGCGAUGUUGGAGUCAGGCGAAGAGGAUGAAGAUGAAGAUGAGAACGAUGCUCCAGCGGCAUCGAGUUCCAGCUCAGAGUCCUCCUCAGGAAAAUCGUCUUCGCGUUCGUCUUCUAGUUCCUCUGAGACAGAUGAUGAUGGUGGUGAAGCAGCUGGUGCAGUUGCUGCCCCCAGCAGCAAAGCCGCGGCAAAGGCAUCUGCAAACAGGGCCGUGAAUCCUCGAGGAGGCUUUCGGUAUGGCCUCGGCUAUGCUGUCAGGGUGUAUAAGGACAAGCAGCCCCAUGGAUGGGAGAUGCAAUGCAAUCAUCCCUGCCACAACGACAAGAAGUGCCGGAAGCAUCUCCAGGGUACCACUCGUGACAGAACACCUGAGCAAACUCUCAAUUUGCUGAAAGCCUGGUUGAUCCGCGGCAGGAAGCAUAUCCAGCGUCAUAUUGAGCACCUUUUCUGUAAAUCCACCAAAGGUUCCGUGAUGAAGUUGAAUCGGCGAAGCAGCAGCUUCCUGGACGACGUCGGUCCGGGAAGCCUUCAAGAGCUGAGUUCUUGGGACAAGGGCUUGGCCAACAAGGCCGCAGAGUCUGGCCUAGGAGCUCGCUGGGUUGAGAAUUUGAGACAUGGACUUUGCGUCACGACAGAGUUCAGUGGAUUCGAUGCACCCCGCGAGUGUUGUCGUAUCAUGGCCAAGGCUGUUUCAACGGCACUGGCCACCAAGGAACCAGUCGUGCAGUUUGUGCGUUCCUGUGAUCAUGGGAAAAUACAGAAGCAGUGCCUGAUGCUGCAGAGUGACAUGCUAAGUGGAGGGAGCGACUGUGUGUUCAGCGGCAUCACGGACAGACUUGAGCCGAACACCCGAGAGUGGAUUGCAGCUGCAGGGCCCACCAAGGACAUGGAUCCAGCUGAGGCCAGGCAAGCCAAUCAGCUUAUUGACGAUUUUUUGAAGACGAGUGGGUCCAAAGCUUUCAGCGAUGAUGGGCGGUGCUUUUGUGAAAUGCAUCGCCAGCGAUGUCCAGUCCAUGCAAUGCCAGUCUUGAAAGCCAUGCAGCAGGUUGGCAUUGUACACAGUGACAUGACUGAGGCUUGGCCAUGCCCGAGCCCUUCCCCUUCCAAGAGAAGGCGCACGAGUGUGCUCAACAGCAACCCCUGGCAUGAAAAGAAGAUGCAGGACUUGUUUCCGGAUGCUGAAGACCAGCUGCCUGUGGUGUCUAGCAUCGCAGGGCUUGUGUGCACAGACUACUCACCUCUGGGAAAGCGUCGAGGCAUGCAAGGAGCUGGUCUCACCGAGCCAUUCCAUGCUGUUUGGCUUAGAGAGCGAGCCUUGCUUGCGGAGCGUGGUUGCGAGGACUGGUUCUUCACAGAGAAUUCUUCGGCUUAUCCCAUUGUUCAGAGGCAGGUUGAACCUUUGCAGGAGACCCACGACGUGAAGUUCGUUUGUGUUUGCCCCUCUGAACUAGGCUUCCCAAUGCGAAGGAACAGAACAUUCUCUUUUGGUUUUGACAAAGCCAAAUGGGUGUGGGUCGGUCCAGAGGGCGAGGCACUCCAGUCACAGUUUAACUACAUGUUCAACUCGCCCUGCCAACUUCCAGGUGAUGUAUACAUGGUCGCUGACACAGCAUCUGUUCUUCAGUUUGCUCGUGACACUGCAGCUCAGCGUGGCAGGCAGUUACCGGCGGGAUUCGAAGAGUGCAGCAUGCGAAGCUAUCUCACCUGCCUGCUCCCUCCCGGCGGUAUGGUUCGCUUUGCUGAUUAUGAUAAGGUGAGAGAUUUCCGUCAGGAUUUGGCCGGUCACUACAUGGCUCACUUAGACCAUAACACAGGCUGCGGCCCAGCAUCUGGGCCGGAAAUGCCGUGUCUGGACACACAUGCUACUAUUUACUCAUGGAAAGAAGAACGUUUGGUUCUGGGCUCUGAACUUCUCGGGGCCCAGGGCAUUGACAUGUUUCCGGAGAUUGCAGCUGAUCGAGGUUUGUCACCGCUGCAUCGUGUAUUUCAGCAUUUCAAAGACAGCGACUUGCGAGUCUUUGCAGGGAACGGCAUCCACGUGCCGUCGUUUUCUGCUUGGAUGAUGUUUGCUAUAGGGAAUGUGCGAAGGAGGGCGGAUCUUUCAAAGCUGCCUGUGCCAAUGCCCGCUGUCAAAGAGACCCCGCCCAAGCGAAAGAUUUUACGAUUGUCGUCUCGUGUCAUGGAUGGCCAGUGCACAGAUGGCACGCAGAAAGGCGAGGAAGCAGCCAAGGCGUUCGCGGAGAAGUGCAAAGACAUGGAGUUUGCAAACUCUCAGGUGGAGUUUAUGGCCAAGCGGUCGGUGGGGCUGCCAAUGUUUAGCCGUGCUCCCCUCGUGGACAUGACACAGUGGGAGCAGGAGUUUGGCGUGCUGCUCCAGAAGACGGCCGGUGCAGAGACCAGACCGUUCGAGGAGGACGAGUGGGUUUUGCGACAAGUGCGGAAGUUCGGUCGCAACGAGAAAGACAUGCGUUCAGAGUGGUUGCAAAAGUUGGCCGGGCCAUAUCGCAGAGACAAUGAUGGGUUCAAGGGAGCUCUCAGGCUUUGGCUCCCGGCCAAAGAAUAUGAGCAAAGGAACACCACAGAAUUCAUCAGAGGCGGUGCAAAAGAGACUUCCAAGCCCAAGAAGAAUCCGAAGCAGUUCGAGCGGGAGGCAUUCCGUGUUCAUGCUAAAGAGGCCGAUUUCACGUUCGACCACUCGUUCUUUGGUGGAGGCGGGGGUGCCAUGGAAGAUAGUGUGGAGGAGUCCCAGCCGGUAGAACAGGAAGCCGCGGCUUUCCGCGGUGCUCCAA